AUGGUCGACAAAGGCGGACUGAGCGCCCUCCCAGCCCGCCCACCAACUCCUCCACGAUCUUCAUCAGUCUCACGGACAGAACAAGUUAGACGGACGUCUGAACUUCAAUGCUCCCCUCCUGCCAACGAACACUCCUCAACGUCUCUAAUCUCCCCGCAUCCACUCUCAGCGAGAAGCUUGAAACGCGUUAAUUUCUCUCCAUUGACAAGUUAUAUCAAGGCACCUGAGUUUCCAGCCUCGCUUGCAAAGAAUUCAAGGCCUCCUUUGCCGAGCUUACGUCCCUCAAAACAAUGCAAACCAGCGAAGUCCAUUCUCAAGAGCAGACCAUAUGUCGAGACCCCAGACGAACCACGGUCGAGUCCGAUGGACGAUCUGCCUAGCAUGUUGGACUCCAUUAUGCAGCAGCUUGAAGGAGAUUGUCGCGUUUCAAGAACCGAUGCAUAUAUGCAGUUACUGGGCAGCCUGGCCGCAUACGCUGACCUGCCCGAUGCGGCUGCAUUACUAGAGAAGAUGCCUUUAUUAACGCAAUAUAUUCGCCGAGACCUCACUAUUACAUCAAGCGCAUUUAAACAUCUUGAAAUAUCUCUUCUUCACCAAGCUUCAAGCCUCCUGUGUUUGCUUCUUUGGAACCCCAAGUUCGCUGGACGUAUUUCGGAUGACUUCAAAAGCUUUGUCCUCGAUCUUGCCAUUGGAUCUCUUCAAAACCCGUCCACACCGAAGACUAUUGUCAUCGACGAUAUGCGCAUUUUAUAUGUGCAGAGUUUUCAGCCGAAGCUUUUCACCUCCUCGAGAAUCACGCUGCUCUUGCACACUUUAGAGGAUAUCACAACCCGGCUCGGCGGUAAAUCAAUAGUUAUGAUGCGAUUAGGUAUCUAUGAAGGUCUACUGAAGCAAGCACGCUCAUUGAUGGCAACUUAUGCGAGCCUGUGGAUUGAUCAUGUUAUAAAGGCUAUGUUUCAUCGAGUGAAAGACAUCCGAGUACGAGCUAUUAAACUCGGAUUGGAGGCUGCAAAGUCAUUUGGUCCAAACCCGUCAAUCUCAAAGGCUACUCAAGAUGCUUUGGACUUGACCAUGGAAAAUGGUGCAAAGUUUUCUGACGAAUUAUGCAGCCGAUUGAUAACAAUGGUCACAAGCCGAGAUGGAAGCGUUUAUGUGCCUCAGAUCUGGAGCGUUAUUAUUCUCCUCCUACGGAAGCCACGAGCGUCUUUGAACGGAUGGGCAAGUUUCAGGCGGUGGAUCUUGGUUAUACAGAAGUGCUUUAAUUGCAGUGACACGCCAACGAAGACUCAAGCUUUGGUUGCCUGGGAUCGUUUGGUAUAUGCAUCGCAAACAAACGAGCCGGCUGGGAAGGAUCUGACCUUUCUGAGCAAGCCGGUAUUUCUACAACUAGAACGUAGAAAGGAUGAGACUUUUACUCCGCUCAUCGAUCGGGCGCUUUCCAGCUAUUGCAAUUUACUUUAUUAUUCCUUUCGACCCUCCGCCUCGCAUGAACGUCUGGAUGCCUGCUGGCAAGAAUAUAUAUCUUCUCCGUUCCAGCAUCGAUUGAAUUCGAAUCAUAGUAACAUGCGAUUUGCAUGUAGAAUCUUUGCGGAACUCCUUUGGAAUCCCCAUCCUAAAGUUUGGGUUGAGGGAAAAGUGCUUGAAACCGCAAGGUUCAAGCCAGAAGACCUGCUACGACUGGAUUGCAGAUGGGUGCGGUCAAGGAUUGCUGUAAUCCUUCCGAUUUUUGAAUCGUUUUUCAAGAACGCCGACUGGAGUGACGAUGCCAUUACAGGCUCCCCGAUAGGCCUUGCCUGGAUUCAUAUGAUGAAGGCCUUAUCCGACGCGUCCAGCAAAGAAAUUCAGCCCUCUUCAGAGUUAAUGAAAGCUAUUGCAGCCCUACUGGACAUGCUUCAACGCGUCUGGAGAGAAACCCAAACAUCAUUGAAUGCAAAAUUGACAGACAACCUUGAUUUAUUCCUCAGUCGCUUCCGCUUUUUAUUAACCAACAUGAUAUCAAUUAUCACGCCGUUUCCAUUUACUGACAAGUUACUUUUGAGAACCACCCAAGACACCUUUCAACCGGCGCAGACUCCCACCCACCGACACCAAAAAGAUGGAAUCACACGGGCCCCUAUUCUUCAUUUAUUUAAUAUGAUCCUUAAUUCCUUUCCUUCCGCACCAACGUCCGAAUACUAUGACCUUGUCAACGACUUAAUCCGGCUCGCUGUAUCUGGACACUCCUCAAGGAGCCCCCGAUUGGAGAUACUUCGACAAUUCACAGAGAUCCUCGAAGAAGCCGGGACGGAAAUUCCACCGUCUGUAUCUCGUGUGCAAGAUGCCUGGAAAGCCAUAUCCACUGUAACAAUGGAGUGCUUGAAGGAAGCUCAUAUAGGCACACCGAAUAAGCGACGAGAUGACAUCAGUGUUGGCGAUUUCAACAAGGCUGUUGCCAUUUUGAAAGUCGGAAAUAAAUUGCCGGGUUCUUUGCCAGAAUGGAUCGAGCUCUUCCAAUCUAUGAUCUCGGUUGUGCGAACCGAAGGGGAUGACGCCGCUGUAUCUGCUGCGAUUGACGCAAUCUCUGAAGAUUGCAAUAGUGCCUCUUUUUUAUCAAUUCCACGCGUCGUAAAGCUAUUCGAAGCAAUUGUCUUUCCGGGUACCCAUACUGCAAAGCAAUUGCCGCCCUUUGCGCAAACAAUUACCGGCCCCAAGCAUCAAAACAUUAACAUUAUUUCUUGCGAAAAGUUGCUGUUGCUCGUUACAAGAGCCCUACAGGAUGCCUAUGUCAAGCAAAAGGAGUUUAGCAAAAGCGAUACGCUUAUUUUGCUCGAAGCAGUGGCGCGCUGCUUUGACAAAUGCCCUCCGGACUUUCAAUCAACGCUCUUGGAGAAGCUUCAAAAUGGUCUUUCCGUGUGGAUUACUGAUGCUCAAGGCCAAUAUAGCGCCACAUCUGGCUCUGAUAAGUGCCUCGCCAUGGCUGUUCGGAACAUCGUGUUGGCUAGUUUUCAGUCCCUGCGCUCCUCUGGGAGUACUGACUCCCAACUAUUGAAUCAGUUGACUCCAAUGGUCGCCUCCGGAUUUGAAUCGCGCCAUAAGUCCAUUGUUAACAGCUUUAUUAGAGAAUGGAACUCGACAUUCGGGCUACAGGAGACUCUGAAGUACCCAGCUCGAUUAGAGGCAGCGUUGGGAAAGUUGGGGGCAUCUACAAGCAUCCGGCUCCCAGGCUGGCAGCAUGAACUGGAACUCAAGGAAUCCUUUCCGCCACAUAAAUUCCUAAGUUCUCCAGAAGAGUCACCAAAUAUCGACUCGCCACUUGGACCGAUGAGCCGGCGCGACAGGAUUUAUAAAAGACCUUCAAGCUCACCAUCCCUGAUGGUUACUCCCUCAUCCUCGAAGAAGGAUAGCCGUACUAAACGGAGAGCUUGUUCGCCUAAAAGUAGUAAAACUGCAACCCCAAAAUCCCGGUUACGCCACGAUAGUUCACAAAUACAAUUUGUCCCUGUGGAGUCUUCUCCAUCAUCCAAUGCUUUGCCAGAAACACAACUCCUUACGGAGCGUCAAAAGGAUGUGAGGGAAAGGCAGCGUCUAGAAAAUGCAUCAUUGUUUCCCGGUGCUCCCACAGCUGCCAUAUCCCCCAAGAUUCCGGGUGCUGCCUCCAAGGAGACCCACCCGGAUUCGGACCAAUUCGCCAGCGAGCCACUUACUCCCGUUAUUGCGGCGGAAUCAGGCGCGAAUGAGGAUGAUUUCACAUUUUCUUCCCCGACACCAGGCUCUAAAGAACAGAGCGCACAGGAGCUCACCGAUUUCUCUCUAUCAGCAUUUGAGUGGAGCUCCUCACCCAACAUCAACGCUGCUUCAGCAUCAUCGAGGCCUCAGAAAACUAAAACACCAAAAAAACCCAAUGAGCCGAGCGGUAAAUCAUCGUCAGCAACUCCUCACUCGCAGUUCAGAAGUGGAACUGUAGCAUUGGGGCCAACUCCACCGGGCAACCAAAAUAAUGUCGUUGAAAUUCAAGGAAACGGUGCAUGUGUCCAGAAAGGUCCUACAAUCGCAGUUGACACCUUCUUUCAUGACCCGCAGGAGUCACAGGAGUCGCAGUCACCAUCAUCCGACGAUCCUCCCGUCGAAAAGCCAAUCGCUCAAGGCCCUCCCGGCACAAAUAGACGGGCCUUACCUGCCCUACUCGAAACACGUAAGGAUAGUGCGGAACAGAAGAAGGACGUUGACCUUGUUCCCGAUUCGUUCAGCGACCAGCUAGAACAGCAGAUUGCUUCCCAGCUUGAGCAAGACCUAGAGCUUUCUAUGGACCUAGAGUUAUCUGAUGCUAAAGCCCGGGUUUCGACCUCUGCGAAAAAGCGAAAAAGAGACGUUGCUGACACUCGGAAGGACCGGACAAAGCGACUUACUCGUGGUACAGGUCUCUCCGUCGAGGUUGGAAGAUGCCCAGGCCCGGACCUCUCCGGAUUUACCUCCAAUUCUGCAGAUCAGACAGCCCUGCAGGAAUCGCCCGGUCUAACGAGUGAGAUGCAGUCAACAAAAUCACAACGGAGUCGUAAGUCAACCAGGCCAUCCGCACGCAAAAACCAGCCAAACGCGACGAAUCCAGGCUCUCCCGGUUCGCAGACAUGUCCUCAACGAAGAUCACUCCGGCUUCGCGGAAGGCCGGCCACUGAAGAUGCCGAGGCAACCUCUGGAUGCGGAGGAUCAGAGAUGGACAAUGUUUCAAAGGUGGAGCGAGUCGCAGUGUUCGAGCAGACCGGAUCAGAAGGCGGUACUGGAGAGGACAACAUCCCACAAGUAAAGGCGACUCCAUGUGAGCCUCUCGUAGAGAAUGGCCCGGAGACUCUCAAUGUCUCUGUCCUUGCAUCUCUCCGAUCCGUUCUCGACUGCAUCAAAGGAGCUUCCUUCGAGAAGACUUUUUUGCGGGAAAUUGACGAUGUUAUGUUUGAUAUUAAAAUGGAAGCUCAUGAAGCAGUGAGAAGACAUGCUGGGUGAUGAGAACCUUCCUUCCCCCCCCCCCCGGGGAAAAAAUGAUCAUUAUCCCUAUUGUAUUGUAGAUGUGAUGGCGCUCUGGACUCUUUCAUCAAAUCUUUAUGCGUUACCCUUUGGUGUUCCAGGUGAGCGUGCUCGAUUCUUCUGUUGAUUAUGUCUUGACACUAGGACUAUGCAUAUGGAUGGCGCUGGUAUUGGGAUCCCUGUUUCUGUAAUCUCAGGUGCUCGUUGUUUCAACCAAGCUUUACCUGGUUCUAUUACGCUUCUACAUGUUUCUUCACAUCCAUUGCUCCGGAUUCAGUGCUUGAGAUGAUGACUGGGAAGCUCAGUGGAGGAAGCAGACCAGAUUCCCUCCUAUCAACCUUUAACAAAUCUAAACAAUUGGGUACCGUUCCAUCA